CGCCAUCUUCUGGAUAUCUACUCAACUUACACACAUGAAUCAAAAGCACACCGUACGGUAGAGGGAGCCAUUACACAUAGCUCUAAUGUUACUCCGUAUGGUUGUGUCUACCCGUUACAGUCCGGCAUAAAACCUAGCUCGCUUUCGUCAACUCCUCCUUUAGCACGGACCAAAGAUAUCCCGGAGUAAGGACAGCACGCAUGUGCCGUAAACCCGGAUGUAGAUAUUUUUCACCAAAGCUUUGCCAUUCCAAACCAGUUAACCAAAUCGGGUUAACCAGCCGUGACAGGUGUCGAGCUACGUUGAUGUCACAUCUGAGUAAAAGCUCCACAACAAUCUGUUUCCGAAGAGCUGCACUUUUACGGACACCUCCUGUAACUUACAGGAUGGACUUUCGCGGCAGGAGGCAUGAGCGAGGCAGCAACUGGACUGACCCGGAGAUAGUGGAGCUGCUCCAACUGUGGUCCGAUGACUCGGUCCAGAAUGAACUGGAGAGCUCAUUGCGCAACCAGCGUGUAUUUGACCGCAUAGCCCACAUCUUACGCGAAAAGGGCAUUUACCGUACCGGUGACCAGUGCAGGGAGAAAAUCAAAAAGAUGAAGCUGGAGUACCGCCGCAUUAAGGACAAUCACAAAAUGAGGUCUUGGAAGUUCUAUGAUGUGAUGGACAGGGUGCUGGCGAACCGGCCAGCUAUCACCUACUCCUCCUUGGGUGGAGCUGUCAUAGCUCAACAGGUGUUUCAGUGCCCAGGUGGGCCUGAGGCAUACCUGCAAGGAGUUCCAGCCGGCACCUUUGGUCCUGCCUCCUCAGGUGGGUUUCUGUUUGGUCAGCCUCCAAAACCUGGAGAUCCACUGGAUAUUAAAUGUGAAGAUGUUGAGGAGAGCCUUCUGAAUUCAGGUGUCGCUCCCCCCGAGAUGUACUAUGAAUCUGGAGAUGAACAGGAAACUGAUGGCCAGUCUCUACUGGGGCCAGAUACUCCUCUGGGUCAUGUUGAGAGCUCAGCAAAUGCAAGAAUCUCACCUUCAGGUUUUAGUGACAUGAACAUUGCCAGUUCCGCCACAGCUGUCACCCACGCUUUUGGUGGUCCUGGGCCACAGGACAUAUCAGAGGGGCCCAGUAAGAAGGCUUGUCGUCCCCCAAGCGUGAGACAGAGGAAGCGUCGCCUGGGUGGCAAGACAUCAUGGAGCUAUGGGGGUGCUAGAUGCGGUGGCCAAAGAAGCCUGGAUAAAGCCUUGGCCAGCUUUCUGAAAUGGCAGCAGUCAGCAGAGGAGCGCCUCCUCUCCCUGGAGGAGGCGCGGCUGGAGAGAGAGCUGCAGGCGGAGGAGCGCUGGGAACAGCGGGAGGAGAGAAGGGCGGAACAGGAGCGCCAGCAUGAGCUCCGUCUGUUCAGCAUGCUCACAGGGGUGUUGGUCGCUGUCAGACAGGGCACUCCGACCGCCGCGACAACACCGACUGACCCCUCCAUUUCACCCCUAGCUCAUCUGUCAGCAUCCCUGAUAACCACGGCCACCCCCUCUGUCUCGUCAUCUUUAUCUCAGCCCCCUUCAGAGGCUUCCGCUACACAGGCUUUUUCCACUCAGGAGACAAUAGAGUCCACAACGCCUGCAUCUGUCAAGGCCCGCAAAAUGUCUCAGAGCGUUUUGGCAGCACUGAAAGGUGCCGAAACUCCUGGCCCUAGCGCGUACCUGUCCAACCGUGGCAACAGUAUCCGACAAACUCAAGGCAUUCUCCAGGAGGGCUAUGCCCAAUAUUUAAUGGACAAACACCAUGACACAAAGAACCCUGAUGGUAUAAUCAACAUGGGUACCAGUGAGAACAAAUUAUGCUAUGAUGUUCUUGGUCAACGGCUGACCAAGCCUGACAUGCCACAUUUUGACCCAUCCUUGUUGCAGUAUUCAGACUGGAAGGGACACGCAUUCCUGAGAGAGGAGGUUGCAAAGUUCCUGACUCACUACUGCUGUUCUCCAAACCCAUUGAAAGCUAACAAUGUUGUGGUGAUGAAUGGCUGUGGUUCCCUCUUCUCGUGUAUUGCAGCAGUAAUUUGUGACCCUAAAGAUGCCAUUCUCAUUCCCACUCCUUUCUACGGCGUUAUCACUGAGGAUCUACAUUUGUAUAGUGAUGUAAAGCUCUUCCAUGUUCCUCUUGACUGUGAGGCUGAUGGCAAGGACAGUCGACCCUUCCACCUCACCGAAGGCAAACUAGAAGAAGGUCUGAAAAGGGCUAAACAAGAAGGUGUGAUCAUCCGAGCUGUAAUACUGAUGAACCCCCACAACCCUCUGGCUGAGAUCUACACCGCGGAUGAGAUGAUUGCCUUCUUGGAGUUUGCCAAAAGAAAUGAGCUCCACUGUAUCGUGGAUGAAGUGUACAUGCUGACGGUCUUUGAUGAAUCUGUUGCCUUUAACAGUGUCCUCAGUUUAGACAGGUUGCCUGACCCACAGAGGACACAUGUAAUGUGGGGGAUGAGCAAGGACUUUGCAAUGGCAGGAAUCAGAAUAGGCACUCUGUAUACCGAGAACCGAGACCUUGUGGAGGCGUUGGCCCAGCUGGGCGCAUUCCACGGUGUCUCUGGAAACAGCCAGCACCAGGUAGCACAGCUGCUUCAGGACAGAGAGUGGAUCAGUGAGGAGUUUUUGCCCGAGAACAGGCGCAGACUGAAAGCUGCUCACAGUUACGUGACAGGAGAGCUGCGGAGUAUGGGCAUCCCCUACCUGGACAGACAUGCCGCUCUGUACGUCUGGGCUGACCUCAGAAAGUUUCUCCGAGAGCCGUCGUUUGAGGAGGAGUUGUCCCUGUGGAAGGGUUUCCUCAGACACAAGGUGGUGGUGAGCUGUGGUCAGGCCUUCUCCUGCUCCACGCCCGGCUGGUUCCGCAUAGUCUUCGCAGACCAACAGCACCACCUUCAGCUCGGCCUGAAGCGGAUUAGGGAGGCCUUGAAAGAAAUUGAAGAAAGAAGCACCAGCCCCGAUUCACGCUCUAUCAAAGAAGCCAGUGAGGAGGGCGAUAAAUCCGAGAAAGAGGACAGCGACGAUUCAGACAAUGCUGCGGUUGUCAAUUCAACGUCAUCACCCAAGAGUAAGUCAUCCAACCAGCUGAUGGAGAAGGAUUGCCCUGUUCCUGACACAGGCCCGCUGGCCACCGCAGACUUAGUGUUGCUGGACUGCCAAGCAUCCAAGCCUGACAGUCUGGGUUCUCUGAUUGGCACACUCAGGCACCAGAUCCACUCCUCCGAUUGGCUGGAGAAAAACACUCCAGAGCUGACUGCUGCGGAGGACCCAGAGAUUCUUGAUGUAUUCAAGGCCCUGCUGCAAAGAGCCAGAAAGUAAGCUUAGGAUGAAGUGGCCCUAAAUGUAGCUGCCACAUGUCAAGAGGCAGUACUUCAGCAUCCUUCUUAGUCUCUGUUUUUAUUGUAAAAAUAUUGAUACAAACACCUGACACAAGGUCAAAUCUGAUGGCUGUUUCUGAGUAACCAGGAACCAUUUGCUGUGAGAUGGCUAAAGAGAAGAGAAGAAGGAAAGGAAAGCAGGUUAGACCAUGAUGAAAGGACAGCAGCCCUUUUCUUUCUGCAUCUCGAGGCCUUAUUUUCAAUCUGCUAAGGGAGAUGGCCUUGUUUUUUUUAAUUUGAAAAUAUGUAUUUUUAUUUACUGCAACUCUAAGUGAAUGCCAAAUAUAAUCAACCAAAAGUCCCGUUCUAUUCUUCUCUUAAAUAUUCUAAUCUGAUUUGUACGUCUUUUAUUAUUUGCUCAUAUGCACUUUAUUUGAUCAGAAUGUAUUGCACUUCUGUAAAGUUAAUGAUCUGUGAAUAAAGAAAUUUAUUCUU